AGUCUGUGUGUGGUGUGUGUGAAGGCAGGACAUGGCGUCUAACUCUACCACUGAAUUUUUUGCCCUUUCCCAGUCCUUCAGUGUAUCUGAUAUCAUUGUAAUUGGAGCAUAUUUUUUAUUGAAUGUCGCUGUUGGAAUAUGGUCAUCUUGCAGAGUGAGCCGAAACACACUAAGUGGAUAUUUUCUGGCUGGCAGAGACAUGGCUUGGUGGCCGAUUGGUGCAUCUCUGUUUGCCAGCAGUGAGGGUUCAGGGCUGUUCAUCGGUCUAGCUGGGACAGGAGCAGCGGGAGGGAUCGCUGUAGCUGGAUUUGAGUGGAAUGCAACUUAUGUCCUAUUGGCUCUUGCCUGGAUCUUUGUCCCAGUUUAUGUGUCUUCUGGGAUUGUCACAAUGCCAGAGUAUCUGGGUCGACGGUUUGGAGGAGAACGAAUUCGCAUGUACUUGUCAGCUCUCAGUCUGAUGCUGUCUGUGUUUACCAAGAUCUCAACGGAUCUGUACUCCGGAGCUUUGUUUGUCCAGGUUUGUUUGGGCUGGAAUCUCUACCUGUCCACUGUGCUCAUGCUGGUCGUCACUGCCCUCUACACUAUUGCAGGUGGCUUGGCUGCUGUUAUCUACACCGACACUCUUCAAACCUUCAUCAUGAUCAUUGGAGCAGUCAUCCUCACCAUUACAGCAUUCAAUAAGAUUGGAGGCUACAGUAACCUGGAGAGCGUGUAUUUGAAAGCGGUGCCAUCUAAGAUCAUCCCAAACACGACAUGCCACCUGCCCAGGCCUGAUGCCAUGCACCUGUUCAGAGACCCUGUGCAUGGAGAUCUACCCUGGCCAGGCAUGACACUGGGAUUGACCAUUCUUGCAACAUGGUACUGGUGCACCGAUCAGGUAAUUGUUCAGAGGUCUCUGUCAGCCAAGAAUCUGAGUCACGCCAAAGGGGCGUCAAUCUUUGCCAGCUAUCUCAAGAUGCUUCCCAUGAUCUUCAUCAUCCUACCUGGCAUGAUCAGCAGGGCACUCUACCCAGACACAGUGGCUUGUGUGGACCCUGAAGAGUGUGUAAAGGUGUGUGGUGCAGAGGUGGGAUGUUCCAACAUUGCUUUUCCAAAACUGGUCAUCGAGCUCAUGCCCAGCGGCCUCAGGGGGUUAAUGAUAGCUGUAAUGAUGGCCGCUUUAAUGUCAUCACUGACCUCCAUCUUUAAUAGCAGUAGCACCCUCUUCACCAUGGACAUCUGGAAGAAGUAUCGAAGAGGUGCUAGCGAGAAAGAGCUGCUGCUUGUUGGCAGGAUAGUGACUGUUAUUUUGGUGGUGAUUAGCGUGGUUUGGAUCCCAAUUCUUCAGAAUGCUAACAGCGGUCAGCUGUAUGUUUACAUCCAGUCAGUAACCAGCUAUCUAGCCCCUCCUGUUACUGCCAUUUUUGUAAUGGCUGUUUUCUGGAAAAGAACCAAUGAGGCGGGAGCAUUCUGGGGCCUGAUGGUGGGUCUAGUGGUGGGAUUGACGCGUAUGGUUCUAGAGUUUGCAUUUCCUCCCCCUCGCUGUGGUGUUUUUGACCCUGCUCCCUCUGUCUUGAGGAGUGUACACUACCUGCACUUUGCCAUCAUACUCUGUGCCCUGACUGCUAUUGUUGUGGUGGUGAUCAGUCUACUGACCCCUCCACCCACCGACGAACAGACACAUAAUCUUACCUGGUGGACUCUACAUAACAGCACAGAGAGAGAAAUAACUCUACAGAAAGUAACUACACUCAGCCGCAGGACAGACGGCUGUGAGUCUGUGCGCAGGAGUAAGUGUGUCCGCACCGCUGGGUUCUGUAGCCCUCGACCUGGACGAUUUGCAACCGGGACGCCACCUCCUAUAACUCACAGCACCAGAGAAGAUCCCUUCUGGUCUCGUUUCUGUUGUGUCAAUGCCAUCAUUCUCAUGUGCGUCAACAUCUUCCUCUAUGCUUACUAUGCGUAACACAUACUGCCACACACAUAGUUUUUAUCUUACUAUCACAACCUUUUUUUUUUUAGAAUUGCAAGUUUAUACAGUAUCUCACAAUUCUAACUUUAUAUCUCACAAUAUUGUUUUCUCAGAAUUGUGAGAUAAGAAGUCACAAUUACCUUUUAAAUUUUUUAUCCCAUGGAGGAAACAAGCUCCCAUAAAAUCCCUUUAAAUUACUGGGCUACAUAAAAUAUUUUAUAGAUUGUGUUUUAAUAGUUGUUCAGUUAUAUAAGAGCAUAUAUGCACUACGUAAAAGAACUGUAUUUGAGAAUAGAGCAAAAAAUAAAUGACCAUGGGGUUUCUCACAGUGCAUGCUUAAAAGGUAAUAUGUUACGCUUAUAGUAGGAGCUUAUAGCAUAUGUUUGAUAAAUGUGUUCACAUUGACUGGGAAAAAAUAAAUAUGCUCAUUAGAUACUCCCAAAGAUGUGGGUGUAAAUGUAACUGCCAUUUUGCUUCUUGGAAAUAAAUGGUCUGUGAUUAAACUGUAAUUUUCUGUACAGCAUAUCAAUGACUGCGUAAUUUGUGUCUAAAUAAUUAUUUCAACCAUAGUGUGAGAGUAGCCUCAGUUUAUAUGACCGUAAGAACAGCUUGUGAAUGAUUUUAAGAACAGAAAAUUAGGGAGGGUUAUAAGAAACGCUAACUGUUUAAUAUAUGUUGGUGUCGGUGUUACAUUUUUUACUCUUAAUUUAUAUUCUUUUAUUGUUAAUGUGCAAAUGAAAGUUGA